UCCGCUUGUUCUCUAGUCGUUGCGACAAUGUUCAGUUGUAUAUCGGCCCGUUGUGGAGGACUGCGGAGUUUUAGUUCAACAGCCACCACAGACGAAACAUAAAGCUUUAAUCAUGGUGAAUGUAAAGAAACGGAAAGGUCGAGUCGUUAUCGACUCUGACUCUGAAGACAGCGCCAGUGAUGAUAAUUUAGAUCAAGAGCUUCUGUCUCUGGCCACCAAGAGGAAGAGGGUGGACUCGGAUGACCAACAGGAUAACCAACAGGAUGACCAGCCAGUCAGUAAGCCUGCAGCCUCAUCAGACUCGGAGACAUCAGACAGCGACGAUGAGUGGACCGCCGGUGGUCCUAAAGUCAAGAAGAAAGUUAAGCCAGGGAAACCGACAACAACAGAGAAGAAGAAAGAGGCAGCGAAGAAGAAGGCACAUAAAGCUGCAUCGUCCGGUAGUUCUGGUGGAGACAGUUCAGCUGACAGUUCUGCCCCGAGGAAAGGUGAGGUGUCUGACUCCGAGAGCAACAGCUCUGCCUCCAGCUCAGACUCCUCGUCGGAGGACGAUGUCUUCAGGGACGACUACGGAGAGGACCUGAUGGGAGACGAGGAGGACAGGGCUCGGCUGGAGCAGAUGACCGAGAAGGAGAGGGAGCAGGAGCUCUUCAACAGGAUAGAGAAGAGGGAGGUGCUCAAGAGGAGAUUUGAAAUUAAAAAGAAACUGAAGACGGCGAAGAAGAAGGAGAAAGAGGAGAAGAAAAAGAAGGACGAGGAAGAACGGAAGAAGCGAGAGAGAUCAGCCGGUCAUCAUGAAGACCGGACUCAUCAGGACCUGCAGGUGGUUAUGUCCCACAACAAGGAGAGGAGAACUAAACGGGAUGAGAAGCUGGAUAAAAAGUCUCAGGCCAUGGAGGAACUGAAAGCGGAGAGAGAGAAAAAGAAAACGAGGACAGCGGAGCUCCUGGCGAAACGGCAGCCCCUGAAGACCAGCGAGGUGUACUCUGACGACGAGGAGGAGGAAGAGGAGGAGGAUGAAGACAAAUCCUCAGUAAAGAGCGAUCGCAGUUCACGCUCUUCAUCUUAUUCCGAAGACGAAGAGAAAGAGGAGACGCCACCAAAAUCUCAGCCCGUGUCACUGCCAGACGAGCUGAACCGUGUCCGUCUGUCCCGCCACAAACUGGAGCGCUGGUGUCACAUGCCGUUCUUCCAGAAGACCGUCAGCGGCUGCUUCGUACGGAUCGGCAUCGGGAACAGUAGUAGCAAACCAGUUUACAGGGUGGCUGAAAUAGUUGACGUGGUAGAGACGGCUAAAGUGUACCAGUUGGGAACGACCCGGACGAACAAAGGACUACAGUUACAGCAUGGUGGUGAUACCCGAGUCUUCAGACUGGAGUUUGUGUCCAAUCAGGAGUUCACAGAAAACGAGUUCAUGAAGUGGAAGGAGGCGAUGAUCAUCGCCAGUAUGCAGGUUCCUACUCUAGAUGAGAUCAAUAAGAAGGAGCAGGCCAUCAAAGAGGCUUGUAACUACAAAUUCAACGACAAAGACAUCGAGGACAUUGUUAAAGAGAAAGACAGAUUCAGAAAGGCUCCGUCCAACUACGCCAUGAAGAAAACAUCACUACUCAAAGAUAAGGCCAUGGCUGAGGAGAGUGGAGAAGGAGACCGAGCCAAAGAGAUCCAGGACCAGCUGAAUGAGUUGGAGGAGAGGGCCGAGCAUCUGGACAGACAGAGGACCAAAAACAUCUCUGCCAUCAGCUACAUCAACCAGAGGAAUCGUAGCUGGAACAUCGUGGAGUCUGAGAAGGCUCUAGUCGCUGAAGGACAGAAUGCCAAGAUGCAGAUGGACCCGUUUACUAGACGGCAGUGCAAACCGACCAUGGUGUCUAACGCCAGAGACCCUUCAGUCCAUGCAGCUAUCCUCCAACACCUCAAUGAGAAGUACGGAGAAGGGUCAGGCAAAGAGAUGGACUUGGAGUUUGAGAUGGGCAGGGGAGCAGGACAGGCUGCUCUGAAAGUCAUCGACCCUACUAAGAACACCAGCGACCUAUCAGAGGACCUCUUUAAAGUCCACGACUUUGACGUCAAGAUAGACCUACAGGUUCCCAACGCAGAAGCCAAGUCUCUGUCAGUGAGCGCCAACACCCUGGCAGUGAAGGACGGUGCUCCACGUAGGUCUCUCAACCUGGAGGACUACAAGAAGAGGAGGGGCUUGAUCUAGAGAACUACAGGAAGAGGAAGGGCUUGGUCUAAUGAACUUACAGGAAGAGGAAGGGCCCGUGGUCUAAUGAACUACAGGAAGAAGAGGGGGCUUGGUCUAAUGAACUACAGGAAGAGGAGGGGGCUUGGUCUAAUGAACUACAGGAAGAGGAAGGGGCCGUGGUCUAAUGAACUACAGGAAGAGGAGGGGGCUUGGUCUAAUGAUCUAAUAGCCUAACCCCUCAGUCAGUCAGAACCACCUGCAUGUGUUGGUUGGCCAUUCUACCUGUGUGUGUGUGUGAGAUGUCAGGUGUGAGAGAGAUGUGAGGUAAGUGUGAGAUGUGAGGUAAGUGUGUGGUAAGUGUGUGUGUGUGGUAAGUGUG